GUGUGUGUGUGUUCACUCUAGCAUCCUGCCCACUAUAAUUACCGAACAGUGAGAGCAGUUUAACAGGCCCAGGCAUCCGGUGUAAAUGAUGGGUUCAGAUUUUACUGAAGGUGUCUAAUUGUGCUGCACACAGACUCUAUGGUGACUGAUCGUUUUUAAACCUGACUGUUUUAGUGCCAGAGAUUUCUGAUGAUUCCCUCUAUUUUGUUAAAAACUGUUUAUAUCUGAAUGCAUGAUAUCACUUUAACAAACAAACAAGUUAAAUUGCUAUUUACUAUAAAACAGGUAAAAAAGCGCAUCUCCCCUGAUACCUCAAGCCAUCUGUCAGAGUGUUUUGUGUACCCCUCCUUCCUUCCUUGCAUCCUCCCAUCCUGUAGUAAUCCCACACCAAAUCUCCUCCCCUCAAUCUUCAACCCCUUACAUACGUCCCACUUUCGCUCUCCGAGUACUCUCCUCCUCCCCAAAUAUCACGAGAUUCUCAGCUCAGUAGAUCAUAGUGUCAUCCUGAACACAUUCAGAUGGAGCUCCUGGCAGCACUGGUUGCUCUGCUCUGCAUCCACGCUCCAGGUACUUCUUCAAGCUAUUUUCAUACAUGUGUGUGUUGAGAGAAGAGGUGUUUUCAGACAACAGCAGGUAUUCAUUGUGAAACUGUCUGCAGUGUGCGGAGCUGAGGGAUGCAGUGAUUUUAGACACCUGGAGAACGGGCAGACGUUUUUCCGUUACGGAGGACUGCUGGUGAUCUUUCGUUGUUAUCCUGGCUACAAACUCCAUGGAUACAAAACCAACAGCUGUGUGUCUGGACACUGGUCCCGUGACACCCCGGUCUGCGUUGGCUCUGGCUGCUCCAACCCGGGGACACUCACCCACGGCACAAGCAGCAUGAAUGAGGAUGGCUCCUGGGCAAUGUUCAGCUGUAAUAAUGGUUUCCAUCUUCAUGGGCCUUCAGUGUUGUACUGUAAGGGCCACACCUGGAAUAGCACAAAGCCUGUAUGCAAAGAGUCCGACAUGACGGGCUCAAUUUCAGGUGUCAAUCUGCAAAAGCCAAACAUACACCAGAACCUCCAGGCUCCCGUAGUUCUGAAGACCCAGCAACAAUCCCACUAUGACAGCCUUGCUAAUACUGCCUCCAAAGAAGCAAACUUCAAACUUGGCUUGUUGUCUCAUACACCAUCCCAAAUGUCCAACAGGGAGACGAUUAAAGUGACUAACCCAAAAGUUCACCUGCAGCAGUAUAUCCAGUUUCAAGUCAAAGGUGGGGUCCAAACAGCUCAUCGUGAGGAUCAGAAGACAAACGAAGAUCAAGGAGCAGAAACAGGAACUGGAAGGGAUGUCUCAGAGGUAAAAGCUUCACACGAGGAAGAAGGAAGGGGGGGCCGAGUUACACAAAUGUUUGCUUCUGAGCGAUCAGCACUUUCAACAGCAUCAUUUUCAACAGCCCAUACACCAAUCACUGCUGUCACAACUCUCCCGACUGUGGUGUUCGCACCAACUUCAUCAUAUCAGCACACAAAAUCUGCUCUGUCUGCGCUCAGCAGUGAAAAAGCACUCACGUUCAAAGAAACUGUCACAUCCCAGCAUGAUCUGACUCCCUCUAAAGUAGUAACAGGGUCCUCACAAACUGUAGACAAACUGGCAGAAACUGGCCUCCUGCAUCCUUCUUUGUCCCAGCCUGGAUCUGUAGAUAAAGAGAAGCCUACAGAAACUUCAACAUACACUUCAUCUCCUUCUGCUCAUUUCAUUACCACCAGUUCUUCUCUCACUUCAUCACCUGCUUCCUCUUUAUCGAAUCCCAAUCCAUCCUUUUCUCCCUCAACCUCCUCAAGUCCCAGCUCCACCCAGUCCAAUAUGAAAACCCAGCCGCUUAAUGUCACCUUUCCUGCAAACACCACCACCACAACUAAGGCUCCCAAGACUGAAAACCACAACCUCACGAUGAACUCUGCCUCCAAACCGGGCCUCAGCCGACGACCAGUGUGCCUGUACCCACCUGUGCCCGCUCACGGGACCUUCUACUUCCGUAAUGUGGAGAAUCCAGGUCCCAGAGAGUAUAAACAUUAUAUACAGUAUGCCUGCUACCCUGGUUAUACGCUGGCCCAUGGAGACAUACACAGCUACUGCCAGCAGGGGGGGACCUGGAGCGGAAUCACACCUGUUUGUCUAGAGUUGACACCAUGCUCAGUUAACAACGGAGGCUGUUCCCAACUCUGCUCUCACUCUCAACACUACAACCAGAGCUCCAACCAAACCCAGACAAGAACUCAGUGCCACUGCAAACCUGGAUUCACUCUGCUGGAUGACGGGCGGACGUGUCGUGAUUUAGAUGAGUGUGUGGAGGGGCAGCAUCAGUGUCAGCAGAGAUGCAUCAACACAUUUGGUUCCUUUAAGUGCGGCUGUGAUGACGGCUUUCAACCAGCGCAUGACCAGACCUCCUGCACAGAUGUGGAUGAGUGCCUGCUGCCUGUAACAGGCUGUGUGUUCGGUUGUGUAAACACUCCUGGGAGCUUCCACUGUCAGUGUCCUGCUGGCUACAGCUUAGAGCCUGCAGACAACCACUGCCAAGAUAUAGAUGAGUGUUCUUCUAAUCAUGGGCUCGGGCCAUGUAUGGAGCAGUGCAACAACUCACCAGGAUCCUACCAAUGCUCCUGCACAUAUGGACACAUCUUAGCCGGAAACGGACACAGCUGCAUCGCAGAGUGUCCACCUGGUUACAGGAAGGGACCAGCAACAACAGCUGAGACAACUGCACAAGCUCUUAAGGAGCAGUGUGAAGAUAUAAAUGAGUGCGAGGAGGAAGGUUGUGAGGGGCAGUGUCUCAACCUGCCAGGCUCUCACCGCUGCAUCUGCCCCAAAGGAUACACACUGCAAAGUGAUGGCCGACGCUGCAAGGACAUUAACGAGUGCAGUCGGAAGAACGGAGGGUGUUCCCACCUGUGUGUGAACCAAAAAGGGGGACAUAAAUGUGCCUGCCCAGCCACCCAUCGCCUCUCCCCUUACAGCUGGAAGAAAUGUCUACCAAGGACAACAACGAACACAGCUGGCUGAGCUGGAAGCAGCAACAGCU